AUGGCAACUGAAAUAAAACGAACUGAAUCAUCUCGAACACCGUUUAGUAGUCGAUUUGGUGCACUCAGUUCAAAUAUGUUCUUUACACGCAAUACUGCAAAACCUAAACGUUUAAGGCACAUAGAAGGUUUAAAUGGUACAUUAAUUUGUAACGUGAAUGACGACAAUAGUGCAGUACACAAUUCCAGUUCAUUGACUUUUAAUAAAAAUCCACUUAACAUUCCUUCGGCAUUUGAGACUUCAAAACGUGUCGAAAAACUAGUUCCACCAAUGGGUUUUUGGAACACUUACGGUGUUGUAAAUGAUAUCGAACGGUGGAAACAAGAAUUAGCUGCAUUGGCAUCGGCUAGUGGUCUAGGAAUAGAAAAUGAGCAAAAACAACAAAAUAAUGAUAUACCACCAAAAAGUACCGCUAAUGAUAAGAAUAAUUCUCGAUCGGGUGCACAUUAUUCAACAAAAACUGGACGAUUUAAUGAGGGGCAAGGAAAAUCGAGAGGACGAACAUCAAGUAAACAUGCAACAGCUCUAAAUGAAACAUUGUUUAACGUACCAGAAAAUGAACGCGAUAUGUGGAUGCUACAAGUUUUGUGCCAAUUAUUAGGUACGAGUAAUUUAGAAGAUGUACAAUCUUGGCUCGUUUCAGCUUCUCAAAUCGAAAAAGAUCAAGCUCGAAGUAUGAUUAACUCGGCAUUGAAAGGCUUAAAAGAGUCAGAACGCGCACCACCACAAGCACAUCAGUUAAAUAACACGAUUGAUUUGAAUUCGUUAUCAGGUCUAGUUGAAAAACGAAAAAAUGAUGAUAAGUCAGCAUCUAGAAAAUAUGUGAAAGAAUCAUUGAAUCGUUCAUUGCCAAUUAUGCAAUCGAUCGAUGAAGAAAAUCAAAACCUCAAUCUUACAGUAAAUGAUACAUGUGAUAGCACCGACGCAUCUGCUACAACAAAAAGUUCUGACAUUUCAUCGAAUCUAACCACUUAUAAACGAACAUUCAAAGAUCCUAGUAAACCAUUUCAACAAUCGACGCAUUCACUUAGUACAACAGAUGAUCAACCGGUUAACAGUGAUCGUGAUGAAGUGGAAACAAUUCAGUUAGACGAUGAACGAUCAAAAUCACCGUCGAUUAAAAACAAACAAAAUAAAAAACAACAAAAUACAUCAUCAGUAGAAAAGAAAAUUGAAACACUUCAAUUGGAUGAUAAUGAUACAAGAAAAACUACACCAAUCGUUAUUAACGUAAAACCAAAAAAUGAAGAAGAAGAAGAAAAACCAUCAACAUCAACAACUACAAUGGAUUUACAAACAAGCAAAAUUCGUAAAUUAAAAAAUAAAUUAUCUCGACAAGAGGAAGAGUCAAAAAAGCAAUUUAAUGAAUUACAAUCAAAACAAUCACGAUUAGAAAAUGCCAUUAAACUUUUAACAAAACAAACAACAAAAUUUCAACAAAAACAACAGCCAUUGAGAACAAAUGAAGAUAAUGAUGAUAACGCUGAUGUACCGAUAGUUAAUGUUUUCAUUCAAUCUCCGCGCUCAAAAACAAGCGCUAAUAGUGUCCACCCAAAUACAGGUACACAACCCACAAAUGAUGAUGUUGAUAUUGACACAGCAGCGUAUAAAGUAAAUAAUGUUAGAGUACAAAUAAGUCUUUCUCGUCUAGAUGAUAAACGACCAAAAGUUUAUAAUGGAAUAUGGAAACCGGAUGAAUCAACGUUACGCCGCUUACAAUCAACAUAA